AACAAGGAACUGGUUCUCUGUUGUACCUUGUAGGCGAAGGGCAGGGCUCCAUCCAUCGAAGCGAGGAACCCUUUUUGUUGCAAAGACUCUCAUAAUAAGGAUUACUCAGUUUCAGAGGAAGCUCGCUGAUAGCACAAGAUGCAACAUGAUGAGGUUAUAUGGCAAGUCAUUCGUCACAGACACUGCAGUUUCAUGGCCAAAACUACAUCUCAGAAUUUUUGCCGAAAUGAGUACAAUGUGACUGGUCUCUGUAACCGAAGUUCCUGCCCACUUGCCAACAGUCGGUAUGCAACAAUCCGUGAACAUGAAGGUAUACUCUAUUUGUAUAUGAAGUCAAUAGAAAGGGCUCAUAUGCCGAACAAGUUGUGGGAAAGAGUGAAACUUCCCAGGAACUAUGAAAAGGCACUGGAAAUUAUUGACAAGCAUUUGCAAUACUGGCCUAAGUUUCUUGUCCAUAAAAACAAGCAACGUCUCACCAAAAUGACUCAGUAUCUGAUACGAAGGAGGAAACUUGCAUUGAAAGUUCGGGAGAAAAUUUUGACCAUGCCUACAAAGCAGAAGAAAAGAGAAGCUAGAAGAGAGGCAAAAGCAGAAAUUGCAGCUGUUUUGGAUAGGGCUAUUGAAAAAGAAUUGCUAGAACGACUGAAGAGUGGAACAUAUGGCGACAUAUACAACUUCCCUGUCGAGCAAUAUGAGAAGGCAGUUGGGAAAAUCGAGGUUGCUGGUGAAGAGGAAGAUGAAGAAGAGGAACCAGAAGUGGAGUUUGUUGAAGAUCCUGAGCUUGAGGAAGAAGAAGAAGAUAUGGAAGAUUUUAGUGGAUUUGCGAAGGAUGAUGCUUACAUGAGCGAUGAUCAUGGGGUAAUGGAUGAAGAGCCCACCGAUGACGGAAAAAGAUCAAAGAGAUUGCGUGCAAAUUCAAAAUUAGAUGAAAGAAAACUUGAGGCUGAUGGUGGCAAGGCAAGUUUGAAAAAGAAAGCUCGAGAACAUGUGGAGGUUGAAUAUGAAGAUGGUGCUGACAAAGAUAAAGCUUUUCAGUAGUUGGCAAUCCAGAUAUUUCCAGAUCGAAUUUCAUGUAUCGAUCCAUUAUGUCAUGAAGCAUUUUCCAGUGAUUUUCGUUUCAUUUGGUUGCUUUCUAGAUGUCAUUAGCCAAUCCAAAUCGCUGGCUAACGAUCAAAUUCUUUCAGAGCAGCCCUUACAUUGAGAGAGAGAGAGAGAGAGAGAGAGAGAGAGAGAGUUUUGCAGGUGCUCGUCAGAGAGGAUUUUGUUUUUUCUUUUAUAGUUUUUUCGAUGUUUAUUCUCAAAGGUGUGUUGCAUGGGUAGUUACUUAGGGAGGCUAUCUGAUGAGGAAGUCUGUUUCCGUCGGCUGAUAGUCGGCGAGUGAAGCUUAGACAGUAGGGAAAGCCUCACUGCAGCAAUUUUGAACGUUAUUGUAAUUUUGUAAUGUGACCGUUUUUCUUACUUCUUGGAAAGGUAAUUUAAAUUACCCUGCCAUUUUUGGAUAAA